UCAAGCUGCCGCAGCGGAAACUAGAUCAGCGAUUGGAAGCGAACUUGACCAAUCAGAAUCCAAUUGUAUUUUUACCUCAGGCAGCAACAGCUAAGCGCGUAGUUUUAAUUUCCUAAAAAGCGAUGUUUCUCAAGCCUCCGCAGCCCGGUCAAGGGCCUGGUAAAGCAUCAAACGCAAAAAAAAGGACCACAGAGUCUAACACGGAUUAUGAAAAAAAAAGGAAAAGGAAAUUUAUCAAUUCGUGGAGGGAUGAAUUUGACUGGGUGCGCUAUAAGGACAAGGAUGGAGUGAUGUUUUGCACGGCCUGUCGGAUGCAUCCUAAUUUGGCUGACAAGUAAGUGAUUCAUUAAAGGAUUUAGAAAUCUAGCUUCAAUAUCUGACCAAUUUUAUAAUAAAACGUCUAUUGUUAGUAAUUUAAUAACUUCUGUCAUCGUACACUUCAGUCAUGGAAAAUGCAAUCCCAUGGGUCCUAACGAUAUAUGUGUACACACAUUGUCACACAUAAAUUAGACAGAAUCAUUUUAUUCACACGUACUACUAAAUUAUGUAAUCCGAUGAACAAGUAGUAGUAUACAGCGGUGUCUCGCCGUCUUUCACAGUUUCAGAAUUGAAAUCCAACCCACUUCGAAUUUGCAUGUUUUGAUGUUGUACACGUUGCGAUGUUCAAGAAAUAGUCACUGUAAUCAAUACAAUAAAAAAAGGAUAGGAGCGUGAGAGUGAUAGGACCUCUUAAAUGCAGUUUAGAAAAUAUUAAAUAAGGAUUUGAUUGUGAUGUAAAGUGUAACAAAGACUGCUGGCGACCUCUUCAAUACGACUUGCACGAUGUUAAUUCAUAUUUUAAGUUAUUUUAAAGGCUAUUGUUCACUUGGGCCUAUUUUUAUUACUUAAAAAUAACUGUCUGAAUAGUGAGCCUUAAUUUUUAAAAUGUAUACUGUAAAAUUUUUAAAGAUACAUAAUUGUGUGUGUGUAAUCAAAAGGACUCAUGGGUAGUAACUUUUGCAUUUGUGCAUGUUUUUACACUCCCCUGCCAAAUGAGGUGGAGAGUUUGAGAGGAGGUUAGGAAAGUGAAAAGUAUUACUCUAUUACAGCUCAUCUUCAUUAGUCAAGGGGACAGAUGCCUUCAGGCAUGAUACACUUCUGGCCCAUGACAAAAGCAAACACCACCAGUCCUGUAGUGCUGCACAGAGGGUAAAAGAACCUAAUGCACCAGUACCAGCUGUUGUUCAAGGAGUGCAAAAAAUGGAGCAGGCUUUGUUUGAAAAAAUGAAGAAUGUGAUGUACACAGCCUACUACAUUGCAAAGGAGGAGUUACCUUUCAGUCUGUUCCCCUCUCUACAUGGGCUCAUCCAAAAACAGGUGGAAAACUUCCAGACUGCUAUGAUUCUGACAAAGCAUGUGCUCAGUAUGUAUUGCCUUCAUCACCCACAACUGUAAACUGCUAUUUUUUGUUUGUUCUUUUAACAGCUUCAUAAGCAUCAUAUAUGACAUGGAGAGGGAAAAACUAAUGGAGACUUUAAAGAAGUAUUUCUCCAUUAUGAUUGAUGGGGCAACUGAUGCAGGCACAAUCGAAAAUGAGCUCAUCUAUGUCCGCUUUCUGGGUGAAGAAGGGCCAGUAAAUGUCUUUCUCUCUAUUCAAGAUGUAAAACAGGGAACCGCUGCUGGAAUUCUGCAUGCCAUUUACACAGCUUUUGAAGAAGCAGAUAUUUCUGACUGGAGGCACAAGCUGGUUGGAUUUGGCAGUGAUGGAGCAGCUGUCAAUGUAGGAUGCAGGAAUGGUGUGUCAGCCCAACUUUUGAAGGACAUCCCUCACCUUAUAGCAAUACACUGUGUUGCUCAUCGGUUGGAGCUUGGUGUUUUGAAAGCAAUUAAAGAAGACUGCAACAUGGCGAAACUUCAGAGCACCUUGAGGCAGAUCUAUGAGCAGUACCACUACUCCCCCAAAGCCCUCAGAGAGCUCCGCCUUAUCGCUGAGGCUCUGGAGGAGAAGGUACUUAAGCCAUCUAACCUGCAUGGAGCUCGAUGGCUGCCAUAUGUGCAUCGUGCAACAAAGAUUUUAUGUGACAGUUACCACAUCUUUGUGGCCCAUUUUGAAGACCUGCUGAGUGUGGAAAGGAAACCAAAAUCAACAAUCAACAGCUGUGGGACGGGCAAAGCAAGUAACAAACUAUUUGCAUAACAUCAACAAUGUCUUGUUCCUACACUUCAUGUGUGACACACUGGACCAGCUAACAGAGUUAAGCAAAGAGAUCCAGAAAGACACAACCACUAUCUGUCAAGCUAUCGAGAGCACUGAAAAAUGCUUCUGGAACAUGACUGCCCUAAAAGCAGAAAUGGGCCCACACAUGAGUUGUGUUUAUGAUGCAGUGACAAAAACUGGGGAAUACAAAGGAGUGAAGUUUCCUGGUGCAUCACCACCAGCCUUGAAGGAAGAGAGGGUAAAAGUGAUAGAUGUCAUCUCACAUUUAGAGGAGAGAAUAAAGGACCUAGAAAGGGACAGUCCUGCCAGCCGUUUUAGGGGAGUUCGAUCCAUCUGUCUGGCCCAAAUGUGAGAAAUCAGACCUCAGUGCAUGCAUGCAGUUCAGGGAGAGUGGACAGGAGGAUGUCAGGUCACUAACAGAGCACUUCAGUGGUCUUCUGUCUAGAGGAAAGGCGUACACGGUUCAAGAAUCUGGUGCCUCUGAUGAAUGUCUACCUUGUCCUACCAGUCAACACUGCAGUGUGUGAGAGAGGAUUCUCCACCAUGCAAACGAGUAAAGUCUGAUUGGAGGACCAGCCUGAACCCAGACCAGCUCCAGCGACUGAUGUUUUUAUCAGUGGAAGGCCCAGCUCUUAAGCAUUUUGAUGCUGGACUGGCAGUGGAGAGGUGGUGGACCAGCAGCCAAAGACAGCGUCGACCAGGGUUUAACCCCUGGCAAUCAAGACAAACAGACACCAACACCGAAGACGCAGAAUUGCUGAACUAAAUGCGACAUGCACACAAACUUGCAUAUAUACUAUUAAACUCUAUAAACUAGGGAUGCACCGAAUCCAGGAUUCGGCCGAAUAUUGGACUUUUUGACGGGGUUCGGUUUCUGCCGAACCUUAAAAAAAAAAUCCACCGAACCCUUACCUUGCAUUAAGCGCGCUACACUGGUCAACGUCACGCCGCCGUUGAGUACGGGAAGGUGUUUAAGGUGGACCGUUCGAAUGCAGUAUAUGUGAGAAAGUGAAAAUGGAACUUGUGAGCAGAAAAAGUGUUGUUUGGCAGUACUUUCAGUUGAAAGAAGGCGAUUCAAGUCGAGCUACAUGUUCAAUUUGCAAUGCCGAUUUGUCUCGUGGUGGCAAGGACCCCAAACAAUACACAACAUCGCCGCUGUUAAAACAUUUGCGUAUUAAACAUCCGAAAGAAUACAAGUUGUGCAUGAAGGAAUCUACAGACAGCAGCCAAAAUGCAGCAACUUCAGGUAUGGCAAAGGAAGGACAGUCACAGCUAAAAACUUGUGUUAACCAGACGACCAUUAGCAGCUUUGCUAGCCCUACACCAAACAAACAGUGGGCCUCAGUGAGCCAUUCAUGCAGCAAUUGGGAAAAUGAUAGCCAUUGACUUGCAGCCCUAUAGCAUAGUGGAAGAUACUGGAUUCAACGAGCUACUCCAUCUGCUUGAGCCACGUUACAAAAUCCCCUCCAGGCGCUUUUUGCUGAUAAAAUCAUCCCUGAAAUGCACGAGUCCAUCACUUCCCGCAUACAAGCACACGUUGCCGAAGCACAUGCUUUUGCAUUUACAUGCGACAUAUGGACUUGUGAGUACACUACACAGUCCUACAUCAGUGUGACCUCACAUUGGAUUGAUGAUGAUUUUAAGCGCACACAUGCUAUUCUUCGAUGUGAAGCAUUUGAUGGAAGGCACACCGCAUUAAACAUUGCAGAUGCACUGC